AUACAUUUCCAGUCCGACUAUUCUCGGUCCACCUGCCGCUGUGGGUUCAGCGGCGUCCAGCAACCCCGUCGUCGAGUCUCGUACCCAGGCAUCCAAAGCCGGAAGACACUUUCGUUGAGCUUCCUGUUCGCCCAUUUUCCCCAAUUCCAUAAAGAAUGGCAUCAGCGAAGGCAACGUUCGUUAUGAGCCUGUUGGUUGUGGCGACGAGCGGCGUGAUGGCUGCACGAGAUAUACCCGAGUUCCUGCAUAUUUGCGACACGCGCGAGCCGAAUUACGAGAAAUGCAUCGGCGAAAGCAUAGAAUAUUUGAAGCCAUACCUUAAGAUAGGCGUACCAGACUACAACAUUCCGUCAUUGGAACCUCUCAAUUUAAAAAAAUUAACGUUUACUCCUACAAGCACCAUACGAAUACAGGCAUCCGAUAUCGAAGCGUACGGUUCCAGCAAUUUUGACGUUAAGAAAGCGAAGCUCGAUUUCAACACUAAUGUCUUUCUGGUGGACGUAGCAUUACCGAAUCUUAAGGUUGAGGGGAGAUAUGAUAUCGACGGCAAGUUACUGUUGCUUCCGAUUCGAGGAUCCGGUCCGUUGCACGGCAACUUCUCUAAUUGUAUAGGCGCAUGCAAAAUACAGGUUGCAAAACAUUUUGACAAGAACGGCGAAGAGAAGAUGCGCAUUAUGGACUUCAAGUUGAAAGUCUCAGUGGGCACCGGUACGUUGAAAUUUGACAAUCUGUUUGGCGGAGACCGAGUUCUUGGGGACGCUGUCAACUCGGCCAUCAACAAUAACUUCGAUCUUUUCAUAAAAGAGCUUAUGCCACUAGUGGAGAAGGCACUAUCCGAUGCGUUCAAGACUAUCGCUGACAAUAUUGUAGGACAAUUUACUUUUGCCCAACUGUUCCCUGGCGCAUAGGUCUUUUGGUAAUCUAGAUGGCGGAUUGGAAAAUGUAAAGUAAUAUUAAAUACCUAGCGACAUAAAAACAAUAGAACGAAUUAGGGAAAUUUAUUACCACUUCCGCUACAGCGAAUCAAAAGAUUGCACGUGUACAAAGCUAGAUUUAUAAUAAGAUUCGUUCAACUUGUUAAGUUUUUUGAGAUUUAAUAAAUAAACUCGUCCUAAUUGAAACCAAACCGGAAUUCAAUUUUAACAGAUAUAAAAAAAGUUCAAUCAAGAUUAUGAAACAAUUUUUAUAUUAUAUAAAAGUUCAAUUCUGAACGACAAACGUUAAUAAUCUACGAUCCGUUACAAUAAUUAACCACAACUCUAGCACUUGAAGAGUAAAUUAUAAAUUUCAAAAAAUUUUAGGAUAAAACGGAAAAAGUAAUUUUUUAAAUAUUAACGACUUUUAUAACAAAUUUGGAAAAUAUUUUGUUAAUUUGAUAAAAUGAGAUUUUCCGAACACGUAAUUUCUGGAUUAAUUACCAUUUCUAUUAAAUAUAAAACAUAAAGAUGAGUUAUUAUCAUUAAGCAGAAGUAUUUCAAUAAAUUGGUUAUUAUAACAGUAAUUAAUGAUAUUUUAACAAUUAACUGAUUUAGUAAUCAGUUUAUUGAAACACUUUAUCAGUUUUUUUUAACGGUAAGCAAUACUGAGCACACAGAAUUAGAUAUAAAUAUUCUUGAUUAAUUAAAAUUACGUAUUUCUCUACAGACUUGAUAAAAACACUGCGUAGCAAAAUUGUUCCUUCAAUUUUAAUUCUUUUAUUAUUGACACGACGCGAUUGAAGACUUGAAAUAAGUAUCGGUGUAAAAAUAUCAAUUAUCGACGCACAAUAAACAGCAUACUGUGCAAAGAAAAUGUAUAGUAUUUCAUUAAUAAAAAAACAGUAAUCUAAAAAAUCUUUAUAAUCGCAUGCAAUUUAGAAUUGUAAUAUUAACAAGCUUAUAUCAAUACCGGAUUCAAUGCGUUACGAAUUGUUAAAUAAAAAGAAACACAAAAAGAGAGAAAGAGAGAAAGGGAGAGUUAAAAAAACAAGUAGUGAUUUAGAUAUAAGAUAAAAUAUUAUUUAUUUUUAUAUUUAAUAAUAAUAAACAUAGUACGUUUUAACUUUCCUCAUUCAUCGUCAGCCACAAUUGAACUGUAUACAUUUAUGUAAAUAGAAAUAAUAAUAGAUUAAUAAAAUAAAAACGAUGAAGAAAAAUGAUGUAUGUAACAUAAAUUAUAUAGGUAAUAUAAAUGAUAAACAUGUACAAAUACAAAUUAAAAUUAAAACAAAAUGAGUAACGUUUUCCAUGACAAGUUAAUUUAAUGAAAAUAAGUGCAAAAUAAAAAUUUAUAAUUACUUUUUUUGUUCAAACACAAAAGUGUAGUUUUUUUUAUUUAUUUAUCUCAACAUGUAUUAAUUAUUUUUAUUUUAUUUUAAAGUGCUGUUUAGUUUUGUUAUACAUUACUUUACUUGCGGCUGAUAAUGACUGAGUAAAGUUGAAACACGCCGUGUUUAUCAUUAUUAAAAGUAUGAAAAGAUAAUUUUUUAUUUUAUAUCUUAAUUAUUGAUAUUUUAUUAACUUCUCAUUCGUGUUUCUUUUUGUUUCGCUAAAGACGAGCUUGAAUUAAACACUUUGUUGAUUAAAAUUGCUACCAUAGUAUUUUUGCUAAAAAAUACAAGAAUUAUUUACCUCUUUUAUACUUUAUUUAUCAACUUUAUCAAGUUUAUCAAUUAUAAUUUGCACACAAAAUAAUUGACAGAGUUUUAAAACAUCUGAUAUAUUUUAUGAAUUAAUCACAGAAGCUUGUCUUGGGUAGUAUUGUAGAAUAGUACACGAAAGAAUAUUUUAGUGAUAUUACAUUAUACAUUCUCACUUAUUACUUAAUAAUAAAACCAACUGCAAAUUUUGCAUAAUUUAUAAUUUAUAAUUAUAGAAGAAUAUAAUUAAGAAAGGAUUGGAGGAUAUUAUGUAGGGCUACUGUGGACGGUUACUUUAAUUAUUUCCGUUAUUGUGGGUGAGAAAUUCUCUCUAAAAAUUGCUUAUGGAAUUAUUUGUUUAGUAUCCCGCCCCCGUUUUUUAAUGGCGUUAAUAUGCACAAUAACUUAUAAUUAGUGGACUUGAUCGCGUAUCAGGUACUAUAUUCGAAUUAAAUUUGUACUAAAUAUUUAAUACGCCCGAUGUAAACGUUACUGGGUCAAUAUGAUACAAGCGUAUCAAGUAGAAGUAUCAUAUUAAAUUGGUACAAGUAUCAAACAAUACAAUUGACGAUAUAAACGCUUGAAACACAUUUUAGAAGAAAUCUAUCAUUGAGCAUAACCCCAAUUACCCGGUAUUAUUAGUGAUCUUCGGUCUCUUUAAAAUUAUAUUAAAACGUUUUGCAAAAAAAGAAUUAAUUAAAGAAAAAGAGAAAACGCGAACAUUUUUAGAGUUACUCACAGAAAAGCAAAUUAUUUUAUAAAUAAAUAUAAAAAAGUAUAAACAUAUUGACAUUUUCUAAUCAUAGUUAAAAAUAUGGAAAAAAAAACUUUUGUAAAACAGCUCAACAAAUAAAAUUAAAAAAUUAAAAAAAUUUAAA